AUGAAGGCGCGUAAUUCAAGACUGUCUUUUCGAAUCUACGAUUUAUCAGCGACACCGAGUGAAUUGUCAAUCGAACGUAAAUCUUUAACUCUUGACCUACUGGAACGACUGGUCUUUCUCGCAACACAUUGUCGCCUGUCGUUCGUUGCUGUGCUAUUAGUUGCCCUCUCAGCCUCGCCAGAAGCGGCCAUGACCAAGAACGUCCUCCCAAUAGACCCGCCACGUUUACGUCCAACACAUCUACUUAAAAAUCAACAUAACAUAUCUGCCUGUUGGCCUAUCUAUCUAUCUAUCUAUCUAUCUAUCUAUCUAUCUAUCUAUCUAUCUAUCUAUCUAUCUAUCUAUCUAUCUCAUUCUGUUACUAUCAAUCUCAUUCUGUUACUAUAUAUCUAUCUAUCUCAUUCUGUAACUGUCUAUCUAUCUAUUUGCUUAUAUUCCUAUCUAUCUAUCUAUCUAUCUAUCUCAUUCUGUAACUGUCUAUCUAUUUCAGUAUAUUCCUAUCUAUCUGUCUAUCCCUAUCUAUCUAUCUAUCUAUCUAUCUAUCUAUCUAUCUAUCUAAGAAAAACAAACGAUGGAGCCGCCAUUUGUAGUUCUUCUUUUACUGACGCUUUCUUUUCUUGGCGCAAUGACAAUCGAAGUCGAGAGAAAAGGACAUCACCCGGGAGACACGGUGCGAGUUUGCUCAUAUCUUUGCAUGAUAAUUCAAUUGAUGCCUUACCCGUCAGUUCUUGGUUCGCCGACAAGAAAAAGUCCAAGGAAAAUCAAUUAGAUAGCAACGGAACAACGUCAAAGACUUCAGUUGCAAUAAAAAGAAACAACUAA